GACCGGCAGCAUCCCAGCCACAUCCCUGCCACACGCAGCCGGGGGAAGAUGGUCGCAGUGCAGACGUCCCCCAGUUCCUCCCAGUCGGCGGAGUGGAUCUGCUGUCUGGAUAAAAGGCCAUCGGAGCGCUCGGGGGAGGAUGUGGACAUAAUUUUGACAAGACUCAGAGAGGUCAAAGCCUUCCAGAGGUUUCCACCUCCACUCUUACUACAGAUCUGUGCCUGUGCCUUCUAUGAAUGCCUGGAGAAAGGCAUCACAUCACUGUCUGCAGUGUUUCGACAGGGGGACAUAGGAACCAGUUGGUAUGCUGUUCUGUCCGGCUCCUUGGAUGUCAAAGUGUCAGAAACCGCCAACCACCAGGAUGCAGUCACUAUCUGCACACUGGGCAUCGGGACGGCCUUCGGGGAGUCUAUCCUGGACAACACGCCUCGUCACGCUACAAUUGUCAGCAGAGAGACCAGCGAGCUUCUCCGGAUUGAACAGAGGGAGUUUAAGAGCCUCUGGGAGAAAUAUCGUCAGAGCCUGGCCGGACUGUUGGCCCCACCUUAUGGAGCCAUGGAGAGCGGAUCCAACAAUGACAGACUCACAGACAAAGACAACAUGAAUUCAGACUCUGCAAACAAAGCCCACAACAAGAUCCCCUCAGAGAAACUGCAGAGAGCUGGGAAGACUCUCCGCAAUUCCAUCCUGUCGAGAGCCCCCCACAUGAUUCGAGACAGGAAGUAUCACCUCAAAACCUACAGACAAUGCUGUGUUGGUACGGAGCUGGUGGACUGGUUGGUGCUGCAGAGUGCCUGUGUGCUCACACGGUCCCAUGCUGUUGGGAUGUGGCAGGCACUACUUGAGGAGGGGGUUCUUAAUCAUGUGGACCAGGAGCUGGGCUUCCAGGACAAGUACCUGUUUUACCGUUUUCUUGAUGAUGAGGAGGAAGAUGCACCAUUACCUAGUGAGGAAGAGAAGAGAGAGAGUGAGGAGGAACUGCCAGAGACCAUCCUCUUUCUUGCUCAGAUAGGACCUGAUGCCCUGCUGCGGAUGAUCCUCAGGAAGUCGCCUGGCCAGAGGACCGGUGAUGACCUGGAGAUCAUUUAUGAUGAGCUGCUCCACAUCAAGGCCUUAGCUCACCUCUCCAACACUGUGAAGCGGGAAUUGGCAAGUGUUGUGAUCUUUGAAUCGCAUGCAAAAGCUGGCACUGUGUUGUUUAACCAAGGCGAGGAGGGCACUUCAUGGUACAUCAUCUUAAAGGGCUCUGUCAACGUGGUUAUCUACGGCAAGGGUGUGGUAUGCACACUUCACGAGGGCGAUGACUUUGGGAAGUUGGCGCUGGUUACGGAUUCACCUCGUGCUGCCUCCAUCGUUCUAAGAGAGGACAACUGCCACUUCCUUCGUGUGGAUAAGGAGGACUUCAAUAGGAUACUCAGGGACGUGGAAGCAAAUACAGUCCGUUUGAAAGAGCAUGAGCAAACUGUGCUUGUUUUAGAAAAGAGUCCCCGACCAUCCCAACUGGGAAGCAUCAAAUACACUGUGAUAUCAGGAACACCAGAGAAGAUCCUCGAUCACUUCCUGGAAACCAUGAGACUGGACAUACAUCACAACGAAUCAGACCCGGCAGUGGACGAUUUUGUUCUCAUGCACUGUGUCUUCAUGUCCAACACCCAGCUGUGCCCUCUACUCAUGGCCCACUACCAUGCAGCAUCUCCACCGGGGUCUGAACAGGAGAGGUUGGAGUACGCCCUCACCUGUAAGAGGAGGGCUCUCAUUCUGGCGCUGCGCUGGGCAAACAGACACACGUACCUGCUCCAGGAGGAACCUGCUGCAAUCUCUUUCCUGGAGGAGUUAUUUGGAAGUGUAACAAAUGAUUCUCGGAUGCUGAGGGGUCUCAAAGACUUGAUUCCUGACCUGGAGAAAGUGGUGAAAUUACAUUCUGAAGAGGCCAAAUUGUCAAAAAAGAAGACCCUGAUACGACAGUUCAGCAAUGGAGAAGAGAGGCUGCAGAAGAAACAGCCUAUUAGGAAUCAGGACGACAUCCUCUUGAAGGUGUACUGCAGCGAUCACACCUACACCACAAUUAGGAUUGCUGUAGCAGCGACUGGGAGAGAGGUGAUUAGUGCAGUGAUGGAAAAACUGGCUAUGACUGACGAACUCCUGCUGGUGCACCUCAUGUCUACUGGCGAGAAAAAAAUCCUGAAGCCCAAUGACGUAUCAGUAUUUUCUACUUUGAGCAUUAACGGGAGAUUAUUUGCCUGCCCCCGAGAGCAGCUCAACAGUCUGACUCCUCUUCCAGACCAAGAGGGCCCGUCUGCAGGGUCCAUGUCAACCUUUGAGCUGAUGAGCUCCAAGGACUUGGCUUAUCAAAUGACAAUGUUUGACUGGGAGCUCUUCAGCUGUGUACAUGAGCAUGAGCUGCUUUAUCACACAUUCGGCCACCAGAGCUUUAGAAGAACCACGGCUAAUCUGGACUUGUUCCUGAGGCGGUUUAACCAGGUUCAGCUGUGGGUGGUCACUGAAGUCUGCCUCUGCACCCAGCUCAGCAAAAGAGUGCAGCUCCUCAAGAAGUUCAUCAAGAUAGCUGCACACUGUCGAGAGUUCAAGAAUCUUAAUUCAUUUUUUGCCAUCAUUAUGGGGAUGAGCAACCCUGCUGUGAGCAGACUGAGCCAAACGUGGGAGAAACUCCCAACCAAGUUUAAGAAGUUCUAUGCUGAGUUUGAGAACAUGAUGGACCCAUCAAGAAACCACCGGUCCUAUCGAAUUACUGUUACCAAACUGGAACCACCAAUCAUUCCCUUCAUGCCUCUCCUUCUCAAAGAUAUGACAUUUACACACGAGGGCAACAAGACACUUAUUGACAACAUGGUCAAUUUUGAGAAAAUGCGUAUUAUAGCAAACACCAUUCGGCAAGUGAGACACUGUCGAAGCCAGCCUUUCAAUCCCGACAUCUGUCAGCCAAACAAGAAUCAGGCGGAGGUACGGGGCUACGUUAGGAAGCUCUGCGUGGUUGACAACCAGAGGGCGCUGACGCAGCUCUCCUACAGGCUGGAGUCGCGGCGGACAUGAGCUCCAAGAUUUCCACCACCAUCGCCUUCUCUGAUGUUAUCAUGAACCCCCUUCCCCCCACACACACACAUAUUACCCAGUUAAAAAGGCACAUCUGGACUUUUUGUAGCAAAUGACAGCAGUCAGGACUUUAGCACUAUUAUGGGCUAUCAAAGAUCAAGGACUUAUACUGUGCCGCUACAAACCUCUGCCUCCUCAACAAAUGGAAAGCUGUCAAUUUCCUCUUUUGUUGCUGCGUCUCAGCUCCAAGGCUGGGGGUCUUAUUGUUCCGGUUAUUACUGUUUGGGACCUCUUUUGACAGAACUGCAAUGUAUAGAACUUGAAUCAAUAUCCUGCAUGACUGAACUCAAUGGGUUUAAUGUUCUGUACAAUGUAUUUCUAUCUGAGAGUCCUGUACUGUCGAGUCCUGUACGCCAAACGAGUCCUUAUUUAUAAUAAACAAAUAUACUUUCCUGUUAAGCGACUUUCCUCUCCUGCCAGUCCGACUCAUAAAUACACAAGGAAUGCUGAAGUGACUGAAACUCAUUCUCCAUGUCGCAUAUACCGAAAUCUCAGAGAACGUAUUUACUUCAUGAUAUGAAAUUGUCUAAUCAAAGUGGAAAUUUUUAGCAUUUGACGUCAUUAUGAAUAUAUCGGUGUCCUUGAACUAUUCAGACACUUUAAAAUGACUUAACAGAGUACUAGUUCAGUUGAUGCCCGAAUGGUAUUACAAAUUGGUUACUGUAGUAUUACUUAUUUUUCUCCUCAGAGUGCAACUAGGAAUGUGAAUCCUUCUAGAUGAUGAAGUUGUGUGAUUGGAUCUUUCCUGAGGUACGCUGUGCAUCCAAACCGCACUUCUUCGUCUGGGACAGAUUUUUUGGUUUAGAUUCUAAAGAUAUCUUAAUCUUCUGAGAGGAAGUCUUGUCAUGUAUACCAGAUGUGGUCGGUCCAUGUGAUUUUAUUUUUGUGAGUGUAGAUUUUGAGUGUUUGUCAUUAAAUUUUACUUUGAUCUCAGGAGCUUUUGCUGUGAUAGUGUGACGAGAACUGCCGUGAGGCUGGCUUUCCUCAAAGCCGCCUGUAACUGUAUUGUUUGUGUAGUCUGCUUUGUAAAUAAA